AUGGACUGUGUAGUCCCUGGGGUCACAAAGAGUUGGACACGACUAAGCGACGUUCACACACACGUGGUUAUUACUGACUGCGCUGGGUCUCUGUUGCUGCAUGGGCUUUCCUCUAGCUGUGGCAAGCAGGGGCUGCUCUCCAGUCACAGUGCAUGGGCUUCUCAUCGUGGGGGCGUCUCCUGUUGUGGGGCGAGGGCUCAAGGCUGCACAAGGCCCAGUAAUUGCGGCUCCUGGGCUCUAGAGCUCAGCUCAGUAGUUGUGCAGCAUAGGCUUAACUGCUCCAAGGCAUGUGAGAUCUUCCUGGACCAGGGAUCAAACCUGCGUCUCCCGCACUGA